UUUGCGAUCCAUGCUCUACCGUGGUUCUGAGGUCAUGCGUGAAGUCGCCUGGGUUAUCUUUGAUGAGAUCCAUUACAUGAGAGACGCCGCGCGUGGUGUUGUCUGGGAGGAGACCAUCAUUCUACUGCCACCAAAGUGUCACUAUGUGUUCUUGUCCGCCACCAUCCCCAACGCCAUGGAGUUUGCAGAGUGGAUUUGCAAGAACAAGGAACAGCCCUGCCACGUCGUUUAUACCGACUUUCGUCCUACGCCAUUGCAGCACUACCUGUUCCCUCAAGGGGGUGAGGGAAUUCAUCUGGUCGUCGAUGAGAAGGGCAAUUUCAGGGAGGACAACUUCCAGAGAGCAUUGGGUGCCUUGACCGAUUCACAAGGACCCCAAGCAGACGACCCAAGAGGACGAGGCGGCAAGAAGGAUGCCAGGAAGGGAGCCAAAAAAGGAGCCAAUUCCGAUGCGCCCUCCGAUAUUUACAAGAUCAUCAAGAUGAUUUUGGUCAAGAAUUAUCACCCGGUCAUCGUUUUCAGCUUUAGCAAGAGGGAGUGCGAGGCAUUGGCGUUGCAGAUGAGCAAACUGGAUUUCAAUGACGAGAAGGAGAGCGAUAUGGUCAACCAAGUCUUUACAAACGCCAUCAGCUCCCUGUCAGAGGACGACCGCACGCUACCACAGAUCGAACACAUCCUGCCCUUGCUACGUCGCGGAAUCGGUAUCCAUCACGCCGGUCUGCUGCCCAUUUUGAAGGAGGUCAUCGAGAUUUUAUUCCAAGAGGGUCUUGUCAAGGUUCUAUUCGCCACCGAGACUUUCUCGAUCGGUUUGAACAUGCCCGCCAAGACUGUCGUUUUCACGAGUGUUCGCAAGUGGGACGGAAAGGAGACACGUUGGGUUUCAGGAGGAGAAUAUAUUCAGAUGUCGGGCCGUGCCGGUCGUCGUGGUCUGGAUGAGCGCGGUAUCGUUAUCAUGAUGUUGGACGAAAAGAUGGAGCCUGCAGUGGCCAAGGGAAUGGUUAAAGGAACUACGGACCCACUAAACUCGGCCUUCCACUUGUCCUACAACAUGAUUCUCAACCUAACGCGCGUGGAAGGAAUUAGUCCCGAGUACAUGCUGGAAAAAUGCUUUUACCAGUUCCAGAACAACGCCAAUAUCCCUCAGCUGGAGCGAGAGCUGACUGCUUUGGAGGCGCAGAAGUCGUCAAUGGCCUUUGAGAAUGAGGGAUUGGUUGCUUCGUAUUACGAUAUUCGUCAACAGCUGGAGGGUCUUAGGAACGACGUCCGGGAUGUUGUUAACCAUCCAACCCAUGCGCUUCCAUACAUGCAGCCCGGCCGUGUCGUCAAAGUGAGCUCUGGGGAUCAGCAUUUUGGAUGGGGAAUUGUUGUCGGAUACAACAAGAAGAUGCCCUCGAUCAUCCGUGGAGCACCCCCUCCAACCAACCUGGAGCCCACCUACAUUCUGGAUGUCCUUUUGUACUGUGCAACAGGCACACAGAUCAUCCCAGGAUUAGAUGGCCUCGCACCUGGCGUUAAAGCGUGCCCUCCAGGAGAGAAGGGAGAGCUGAUGGUUGUGCCGGUCCUACUGUCGUGUUUGGAUGCGAUUGCGACGCCCCGUGUCUUUUUGCUUAAGGACCUGAGAUCCAGCGAUUCUCGCCAUACGAUCUACAAGAGUUUGGUGGAGUUGCAGAAGCGUUUUCCCGAUGGCAUUCCUCUCCUGGAUCCGAUCGAAAAUAUGAACAUCAAAGAUGAGGGCUUCAAGAAAGUGAUGGGCAAGAUCGAGGUUUUGGGACGCGCGAUGGAGACACAUCCUUUGGUCAAGGAUAUGUCCAAGGAUGAGGUCGAGGAACUCUACUCACGCUAUCUGGGGAAGGUUGCGGCGAUGAACAAGAUUAAGGCGAUGAAGAAGCAGAUUGUCGAGGCGAAUGCGAUCGCUCAGCUGGACGAGCUUAAGUGCCGAAAGAGAGUGCUGCGCCGAUUGGGAUACACCUCGAGCUCGGAUGUGAUUGAGAUGAAGGGUCGUGUGGCAUGUGAGAUUUCUACGGGUGAUGAGCUGUUGCUGACGGAGAUGGUGUUCAACGGUGCAUUUAACGACCUGACCGUGGAACAGACCGUGGCACUGCUAAGCUGCUUUGUCUUCCAAGAGAAAGCUGAGGGCAAUGUUAAGCUACGAGAGGAAUUGGCGACGCCAUUAAGAUUGAUGCAGGAGGCAGCGCGAAGGAUCGCCAAGGUGUCUCAAGAAUGCAAGCUGACGCUGGAUGAGGAGGAAUACGUGCAGUCCUUCCGUGCGGAGCUAAUGGAUGUUGUCUACGCUUGGGCCAACGGUGCAAGAUUCUCGCAAAUCUGCAAGAUGACAGAUGUGUUUGAGGGAUCGAUCAUUCGCGCGUUCAGACGCUUGGAGGAGCUGCUGCGCCAGAUGGCAUCAGCAGCAAAAAGUAUUGGAAACACAGAGCUGGAGAGCAAGUUUGCGGCGGGUAUUGUGUGUAUCAAGCGCGAUAUCAUCUUUGCCAACUCGCUUUAUCUCUAGGUAGCAGGAGCCUUUCUUCUUCCGCUAUUGAUCUAAUUAGUUUCAUCAUUCCUUUGCAUAUGUUUUUCGUUUUCUUAUUACACCAACUUCUCAACCAUGUACGCACACAAACAACAGAUACCAAUGGUUUAUUUUUGGCGAUCCGAAGGGCAAGGGUAGACUCUGCGUGGGUGAAGACUAAGCGAGACCAUCGUAUGUUUUGGACUGAUAGACAACAAUGCAUUUCUGGUGGUUGUUAUCAAAGCCUGGUGUGAAAUGUGAGACAGAUCGGGCGUAUGUGAACAUCCGUAUC